AUGCACGCUAAUACCUUGGAGAGCCGGCAGAUGUUUGGCGUGGGAUGUUACGGUCCCUGGCACCCUCGCCGAACGAUAGUAAACCUGACAAGUAAAGAAUGCGGUUUGGCCGCAGCCAGGGCAGCAGACGAGAAAAUGAAAAAAUAUGGGAAUGUCCUCCCCUCGAUGAAAUUCUUGCCGAUAUGCAUCGAGGUGCUUGGCCCGAUGGACCCCAACACACUUAAAUUUCUUAAGGAAAUAUGCAAAAUGAUCAGCGUCAGAUCAGAUAUUAGAAUAGCAAAAAAAAUACUUACCAGCGAUCUAGAUGCGUUAAAUCUAGAAAAAGAUGAUAAAAUAAAGCCAAACAGUUCUGGAAACUCUAAAAAGGACAAGGUUAGUGAUUUAAUACUAACAAUAAAAACAAUUCUGAGCAACAAAAUUGAAAGCAAAUUGCCUCAGUAUGCUGCUCUCAACCUUUUUAAAAUUCCAAGCUCAAAAAAAGCUAAAUUUGAGUUAAUUCUUGACGAAAAGUUAAAAAAAUUAGAAGAACUAUUUAUUGAAGAAAGAAACAUCUUCCGAGAAAUAGUAAAUGAUGCGGAUAUUAACAAUAGCCCAAAAGUAGAAAGAAAGCAGCAAUCCGAUUGCAAGACCGAAUCGAGCAAGCAAUCUGACUGGUCAGAGAUUGUAAAACGUAAAAUUAAAAAGAGCUCAAAUGUUCAACACGUGGCGAAUGUUCAACACGUGGCGAAUGUUCAACACGUGGCGAAUGUUCAACACGUGGCGAACAUCAACAUGUUGAAAACAAAGAAAAAAACACACAACACUAACAUAGCAAAUAUGAAAACAGUUAUAGGCACCCAAACUGAUAAACAAACAAAUUUGAAAGCGAUGAAACCUUCGCCAAAAAGAAAAGUUUUUUACGUUGGUCGAUUGGACCAACAAUGCACUGCAAAAGAGUUAAGCGAACACAUAAAUGGAUUGAAAAUUGAGGUGCUUGGUUGCUCAGCAAUCAUAAACUCAACUUUUAAUCGCCGCUCAAAGCAAGCUACAACAUCGAUCAACACACAAAACACGAACUCUGACAAAAUCGAUGUUCAACAGACAAGCGCUGCAUUCAGAGUUUGUAUUUAUGAAACAGACUCAGCUGAGUUCAUGAAUGCAGAAAACUGGCCAGACCAAAUCAUCGUCCGCGAAUGGUGUUUCAAUGAUCCGUCGGCAAAUGUUGUCAAUGACCUAAAAAGCAAACAAGGCGGAGGUGUUGGUGUUGGUGUGUUCAUAAAGCAUGACAUCAAAUAUGUUGUAAAUGAUAACAGUGCAUUUGAUGAUGAAAAUGUCGACGUUCUCUGUGUGGACAUUGAAUCGGGGCAUGCUUCACCUAGGGGUGUGCUAAAAGUUAUCGCGAUAUACCGCCCACCCAAUUAUAAAUUUGAGCCUUUUUUAAAUAAAAUCACUUUGAUUUUACACGCCAUCAAAUCCGCCGACAAAACUGUUAUAGUGGGCGACUUUAAUGUUAAUUUAUUGGACAAUGAUUCAAAUGAUUCUAAAGACUUUCAAAAUCUACUAUUUUCAUUUUGUUUCUCGCCUUUAAUUAAUUUACCAACAAGAGUAAUUGUCAAUUCAUUAAUCGACAACAUAUUUACGAACCUGUAUCAACAUUGCGAAAGUGGAGUCAUAGUCUCAGACUUUUCUGACCAUUUUCCAGUUUAUGCAAUAGUAGAAAAUUUUAAAACUGCUAUCAAUGAUGACCAAAUUUUAUGUAGAAAAAUUAAUAAAACAUCCAUUUUCUUUAUAAAAAAAGCCCUCUCACUUCAAAAUUGGCAUUCAGUUAAAAACGAGAAUAAUAUAGAUACAGCAUGCCUGAAUUUCUACAAUAUACUCAAUAAAACUCUUGACACAUACGCAGAAACAAAAAUAUAA